AAGAUAUGAAAAAUCUUAAGAAAAAAACAAUUAGAACGCAUAAACCUGGUACUAAAAAAGAUGGACUAUUUGGCACGUUUUUCUUAGAAUUGAUAUCAUUUUUUUUUCCAAAGCAUAAUGGUUCAAAUAAAAAUGUUUGCAUUUCAUCGCCUGUAGAUUUUAGGCAUCUUGCUCAUGCAAAUAACAAAAAAGAAGCAAUUGCUAUUUAUGAAAAAUUCUCCUUUAAUGUAUUUGAUGAAUCAAAAAAAAAUACGACAAUGUCGAUAUUGCUUGAUUCUGAAAAUAAAUCAGUACAGGAAAAUGAAUUACUUCCUCCUUUAAAAAUGGGUCAAACACCUUUUAUUCAUUCGACAUCUGAAACGCUUAUUGUACCGUCUGAAAGUACAGUUAUUUAUCGGAACAAUAAAAAAAAAGCAUUAUAUCUAAGAAAUAUACUAUUUCAACAGCCAUCUUUAAGUACAAUUGAAAAAUCAGCAGCUACAAAAAUAUUUUUUGAAACAUAUUUUCAUAAUAUUUUUAAAAAGCCAAAUCCAAGAGAAGAAAGAAGAAAAAAUCUAGAAAUUCAAUUAAAAAAUCCCAAAUUAUCAGAUAGAGAACGGGAAAGUCUUCGUCUUAAAUUUAACAGGGAAGAAACAGAAUAUCUUCGAUCUCUUCGCCAACGAGUAGACGCAUCAAGUUUUGUUAUUUUAAAAACUAUAGGUCAUGGGGCUUUUGGUGUUGUGAAAUUAGUAAGAAAAAAGGAUAAUGGCAUGAUCUAUGCAAUGAAAAUUCUUAAAAAAGCAGACAUGUUGAAAAAAGGUCAAGAAGGGCAUGUACGAGCCGAGCGCGAUCUACUUGCUAUAGCAAGUGAUAAUGGAAGCUGGACUGUAAAGUUAUGUUAUUCUUUUCAAGAUCUUGCACAUUUAUAUUUAGUUAUGGAAUAUAUGCCAGGAGGUGAUUUGUUGAAUUUACUUAUCGUCAAAGAUGUAUUUCCUGAAGAAUUUGCACGGUUUUAUAUUGCAGAAAUGGUUCUUUGCAUAGAGGAAAUACAUAAAUUAGGAUAUAUUCAUAGAGAUAUCAAACCAGAUAAUUUUUUAUUCGAUAGACAUGGUCAUAUUAAGAUUUCUGAUUUUGGUUUAUCAACUGAUUUAUCGUGGUUACAUGACUCUGCGUAUUUUGAGCAUCAAAGAGUAUAUCUUCUAAAAAAAAGUGGAAUUAAUAUAGGAAAUAGCAUUAGCAAAAGAAAAGGUCUUAAUAUAUUAACAAUGCUAGAAUUGCAUGAAGAUAAGGAUACAGGCGAUGGAAUUCUUUCAUGGAAUGAUGAAAAUCGUCGAGAAUUUGCAUAUAGUCUUGUUGGAACCAAUAGUUAUAUGGCGCCAGAAAUUAUUAGAGGAGAAGGAUAUACAAAAAGCUGUGAUUGGUGGUCUCUUGGAGUUAUCCUUUUUGAGUGUCUUUAUGGAUUUCCUCCAUUUGUUUCUAAAACCAAACAUGCAACAAGAAUGAAAAUACUUAAUUGGCGUCAAGCUUUACAUUUUCCUACUACACCGUCAGUUUCUAAGGAAGCACAAGAUCUAAUUAAAAAACUUAUAUGUGAUCAUAAAGAUCGUUUAGGCUCUAAUUUGUGCAAAAUUUAUCCUAAUUCUCUGAAUACAAUAUCCGAAUACUCUGCUUCUAAAACAUAUCAUUAUUGUUCUGAUGCAGACGAAAUAAAAACACAUUCAUGGUUUCGCAAUAUAGACUGGAACUCUUUGCAUAAACAAAUACCCCCAUUUAUCCCUAAAAUUAAAAAUUUAGAAGAUACAAAAUAUUUUGAAGAACUUAAUAAAGAUGAAGUACUCCAAUCUACUCUCGAUAUAAGUCAUGAUAAAAUAAGAGAUUCGCUUCUUAGAGACAAGAUUUAUGGAGAACAAAUACUUCAAAUUCGCAAAAAACUAGCAUUUAAAGGUUACACUUAUCGAAGAAAACAUAUUCCUAUAAAUACCCAAAGCAUAACUUGCAACUAACAAAAGA